UGAAAGCUUGGUGGUAGAUAUAUGUUUUAUUCAAAUUUGUUAAUCUGAUUUGAGUUUCAUUUCAGUUGACAUUUUUCAAAUUUUUUCAAGGAAUUUUUAAAUUGUAUUCGAUUCAAAAUGCACCUGUACAAUUUAACUUUGCAAAAAGCGACCGGCGUCACGCACGUAAUUCACGGAAAUUUUUCCGGAACGAAGCAGCAAGAGAUUGUCGUUUCGAGAGGAAAGGUUUUGGAGAUAUUGAAGCCGGACCCCAACACAGGAAAGGUCUACACGUUAUUGUCUGAGGAGGUUUUUGGUGUCAUCAGAUCUCUGGUUCCAUUCAGAUUGACUGGUGGCUCCAAAGAUUUUAUCGUUGUCGGUAGUGAUUCCGGAAGAAUUGUUAUCUUGGAAUAUAUUCCUAGCAAAAAUUCUUUUGAAAAAAUCCACCAAGAAACUUAUGGAAAAUCAGGAUGUCGUCGAAUUGUUCCAGGCCAGUAUCUGGCUGUGGACCCCAAAGGCCGUGCCAUUAUGAUUGGGGCAAUCGAAAAGCAGAAAUUAGUGUAUAUUCUAAAUAGAGAUGCACAGGCCAGAUUGACGAUUUCAUCCCCACUCGAAGCUCACAAGACGAACACAUUUGUUUACAGCAUUGUGGGUGUCGAUGUUGGGUUCGAGAAUCCAACUUUUGCCUGUCUGGAAAUAGAUUAUGAAGAAGCAGAUUCAGACCCAACAGGAGAGGCAGUGAUGAAAACGUUACAGUUACUAACCUACUAUGAACUCGAUCUCGGGCUCAACCAUGUUGUCAGAAAAUAUUCUGUAAACUUAGAGGAGCAUGCCAAUCUCCUCAUAGCUGUUCCUGGGGGCAAUGAAGGACCCAGUGGUGUGCUGGUCUGCUCAGAGAACUACAUCACCUACAAAAACUUUGGUGACCAACCUGAUAUCAGGUGCCCUAUACCAAGAAGAAGGAAUGAUCUGGACGAUCCUGAAAGAGGGAUGAUCUUUGUAUGUAGCGCCACGCACAGAACUAAGACGAUGUUCUUCUUCCUGGUUCAGACAGAGCAGGGCGACAUUUUUAAAAUCACAUUGGAAACUGAUGAAGACUUGGUGACUGAAAUUAGGCUGAAAUAUUUUGAUACCGUUCCUGUUGCUUCAGGGAUGUGUGUACUCAAGACCGGUUUCCUGUUCGUUGCAUCGGAGUUUGGAAAUCACAACUUAUAUCAAAUUGCACACCUCGGUGAUGACGACGACGAGCCCGAAUUCAGUUCUGCCAUGCCCCUAGAGGAGGGUGACACAUUUUUCUUCGCCCCACGCCCCCUUAAGAAUCUCGUCAUGGUUGAUGAAUUGAAUAGUCUCUCCCCAAUCAUGGGUUGUCAGAUAACAGAUUUGGGCAAUGAGGACACGCCCCAGUUGUACACCCUUUGUGGAAGGGGUCCAAGGUCGUCACUCAGGGUUCUGAGGCAUGGAUUGGAGGUGUCAGAGAUGGCGGUUUCCGAACUUCCAGGCAAUCCAAACGCUGUCUGGACAGUUAAGAAAAGAACUGAAGAUGAGUACGAUUCCUACAUCAUCGUGUCCUUCGUUAACGCUACACUGGUUCUCUCCAUUGGAGAAACUGUUGAGGAAGUUACUGAUUCAGGAUUUUUGGGAACGACUCCAACUCUUUCCUGCUCUCAGCUGGGUGAUGAUGCGCUCGUUCAGAUCUACCCAGAAGGCAUACGUCACAUACGUUCGGACAAACGUGUGAACGAAUGGAAGACUCCGGGCAAGAAGUCGAUCCUAAAAUGUGCCGUCAAUCAAAGGCAGGUCGUCAUUGCACUGAGUGGUGGAGAGCUCGUCUACUUUGAAAUGGAUCCUUCAGGACAACUAAACGAGUACACAGAACGUAAAGAGAUGUCGUCAGAGGUCAUCUGCAUGUCGUUGGCUCGCGUGCCCCCGAACGAGCAAAGGUCAAGGUUUCUUGCAGUCGGAUUGUCUGAUAAUACCGUUAGGAUCAUCUCUCUGGACCCAUCUGAUUGUUUAUCCCCGCUGAGCAUGCAAGCACUCCCUGCCACUCCAGAAUCCUUGUGCAUAGUCGAGUUAGGGGGGUCAAAAGUGGGAGGCGGCAGCACCGCUGAGGCAGAUGCCGAUGGCAAGACGUCGUCACUAUCUUCUGGAUUGUUCCUUAAUAUUGGAUUGCAGAAUGGAGUAUUGCUGAGAACAGUGCUUGACAGUGUGACUGGCGACCUAUCAGAUACCAGGACACGUUACUUGGGGUCAAGGUCGGUCAAGUUGUUCAAGGUCAUGAUGCAGGGAACAGAAUCUAUCUUAGCAAUGUCGAGCCGAACCUGGCUCAGCUACACAUUUCAAAAUCGGUUUCACCUGACACCUCUGUCGUACGAAACCUUGGAGCAUGCAUCCGGUUUUGCGUCGGAGCAGUGCCCCGAGGGCAUUGUGGCCAUCAGUGGGAAUACCCUUAGGAUCUUAGCCCUGGAGAAGUUGGGCGUGGUCUUCAAUCAGUCGAUCACCCCCCUCCAGUUCACACCGCGCAAGUUGGUCAUCCAUCCCUCCUCCAAGAACAUCAUCAUCAUCGAAACUGACCACAACGCAUAUACUGAAGAAACGAAAGAUGCCAGGAAGAAACAAAUGGCCAGGGAGAUGAUUGAAGCGGCAGGUGAAGAUGAGCAGCAGUUGGCCUGCGAGAUGGCUCACGCUUUCCUCGAAGAGAACCUUCCAGAAGAUAUUUUCGGCGGUGCCAAGGCAGGCGCUGGCAUGUGGGCCUCCGUCAUCCGAAUCGUCAAUCCAGCUAAUCAGAGGACGUUGUUCAAGCUGGCUUUGGAACAGAAUGAGGCGGCUUUUAGCAUAGCGUUAGUGAAGUUUGCAGUCAGACCAGAUGAAGACUUCUUGUUGGUAGGAGUAGUUCGUGACCUAGUUUUGAACCCUCGAAGUGUCGGAUCUGGGUCAGUUCAUGUCUACAAAAUAAUAUCUGGAGGCGAAAAGUUGGAGUUACUCCACAAGACGCCAGUAGACGAGGUCCCCGGGGCCAUAAUGGGAUUCAAAGGGAAGGUCCUGAUUGGAGUUGGAAGGUUUUUGAGGCUCUACGAACUAGGCAAGAAGAAGUUACUAAGAAAAUGCGAGAACAAACACAUCCCUAACUUUAUCAUCAACAUCCAAGCCAUGGGAUUCAGGAUCGUGGUCUCCGAUAUCCAGGAAUCAUUCCACUUUGUGAAGUACAAGAGGCGGGAAAACCAGCUGGUGAUAUUUGCCGACGACAUCAUUCCAAGGUGGCUGACGUGUGCCUGCCUGCUUGAUUACAACACCAUCGCCGGCUCCGAUAAGUUUGGGAAUGUUUCUGUGGUACGCCUUCCAAAUGAGACAUCAGAUGACGUAGACGAGGACCCUACUGGCAACAAGGCACUGUGGGACAGGGGACUCCUCAGUGGGGCCUCACAAAAAGCUGACACAUUAGUCAAUUUUCACAUCGGUGAGAUGGUGACGUCACUGCAGAAGACGACAUUAAUUCCUGGCGGAUCCGAGGCUCUCGUCUAUACAACCCUAUCCGGAUCGAUUGGGAUGUUAGUCCCAUUCACAUCCCACGAGGAUCACGAUUUUUUCCAACACCUUGAAAUGCACAUGAGGUCUGAGAUGGUGGCCCUUAUAGGUAGAGAGCAUCUGGCUUACAGAUCCUACUUCUACCCCGUCAGAAACGUGAUAGAUGGCGACCUGUGUGAGCUGUACAACUCGUUGAGUACCACUAAACAAAAGACGAUAGCUGAAGAUUUGGAUAGGAAUCCCAAUGAGGUUUCAAAGAAGUUGGAGGAUAUAAGAACAAGAUAUGCCUUUUAGAGAAGAGAGCUAUUGACUAUUAUUACAUUCUAUCAUUAUCUUCAUUCAUUUGUUUGGUCAUUUAAUGAGGUCAUUCAUUCAUGCGUUCAUUCACUCAUUCAUUCAUUCAUUCGUUUAUCUGUUCCUUUGUUAUCAUCAUCGUCAUCAUUGUAAUAAUUCAUCAUCGUUAUGAUCAUUAAUAGAUGAACUGACUGAUUGAUUUUCAACAAAAAAUAUUUGGCACAUUUCUUUUAUUGGGAUAUUUUGAAAAUCCAAUAAACAUUAACAAAU